CGCCCCCUAGCCAAGCCCCGCCCCGUCCGCUUCUUCCGCUCUCCACCCAUUUCCUCCCGCUGGGGUUUUCGCCCUGCCCCUCAGCGCCCUCCGGUAGCGGAAAAUCCCGCAGUGGGCCUCUCUGGCCGCCUGGAGGACUUGUCAUCUGUGUCUGGAGGCGCCCGGCGGCGGCGGCGGCGGCGGUGGGCGGGUCUGAAGUGCGGCGCGACGAGCCACUCUUGUGCGCCUGCUCUGACUACUUUCAGUUUGUGGGUGUCUUCACCAUGGGGCUGCCAGAGGCGUGGAGCUUCAUGUGCAGGUUUAAUUCAUUCAAAAGGACGAAUAUCAUACUGCAACAUUUGAGAAGGUCUAUGCACAUGGAUGCAGCAGGAGAAGUACUACUGGAAAGAAGAGGUUGUGCAGGAGUGAUAACACUAAACAGACCAAAGUUCCUAAAUGCAUUAAACCUUAAUAUGAUUCGGCACAUUUAUCCACAACUAAAGAAUUGGGAACAAGAUCCUGAAACUUUCCUGAUCAUUAUAAAAGGAGCUGGUGGAAAGGCUUUCUGUUCUGGGGGUGAUAUCAGAGUGAUCUCAGAAGCUGGAAGGGCAAACCAGAAGAUAACUCAAGAUUUCUUUAGAGAAGAAUAUAGGCUGAACAAUGCCAUUGGUUCUUGCCAGAAACCAUAUGUUGCACUUAUUCAUGGAAUUACAAUGGGUGGGGGAGUUGGUGUCUCAGUUCAUGGGCAAUUCCGAGUGGCUACUGAGAAGUCUCUCUUUGCAAUGCCAGAAACAGCAAUCGGACUCUUCCCUGAUGUGGGUGGAGGUUAUUUCUUGCCACGACUUCAAGGAAAACUUGGUUACUUCCUUGCAUUAACAGGAUUCAGACUGAAAGGAAGAGAUGUGUAUGCAGCAGGAAUUGCGACACAUUUUGUGGAUUCUGAAAAGUUGGACAUGUUAGAAGAAGAUUUGAUAGCCCUAAAAUCACCUUCAAAAGAAAAUAUUGCGGAUGUCUUAGAAGCUUACCAUACAAAGUCCAAGAUUGAUCAAGACAAGUCUUUUAUACUUGAGGAACACAUGGACAAAAUAAACAGUUGCUUCUCAGCCAAUACUGUGGAACAGAUUAUUGAAAAUUUACAGCAAGAUGGUUCAUCUUUUGCCUUAGAACAGUUGAAGGUAAUUAAUAAAAUGUCUCCAACAUCCCUAAAGAUCACACUAAGGCAACUCAUGGAGGGGUCUUCAAAGACCUUGCAAGAAGUAUUAAUUAUGGAAUAUCGGCUGAGUCAAGCUUGUAUGGGAGGCCAUGACUUUCAUGAAGGUGUUAGGGCAGUUUUAAUAGAUAAAGACCAGAGCCCAAAAUGGAAACCGGCUAAUCUAAAAGAAGUUACUGAAGAAGAUUUGAAUAGUUACUUUAAAUCUCUGGCAAGUAACGAUUUGAAAUUAUAAGGCGACUGGAUUUUUAAGGGAUUAUUUUGGAGCAGAUGUUGGCAAACUAUGGCACAUGGGCCAGAUCUGGCCUGCUGCCUGUUAUUUAUUUUUCCACCAGCUAAGAAUGGUUUCUGCAUUUUUAAAUGGUUAGAGGAAGAAAGCAAAUACUAAUAUUACAUGAUGUGUGAAAAUUAUAUGAAAUUCAAGUAUCAGUGUCCACAAAUGAAGCUUUAUUGGAACGUAACUAUACUCAUCUCUACAUAUUGUCUAUGGCUGCUUUGAGUAGUUGCAACAGAGAUUGUCAGGCUAGCAAAGCCUAAAAUAUUUACUGUGUGAUCCUUUGCAGAAAAUGUUUGCCAACCCCUGCUUUAUAGAUGGGAAAAUUUGAAAUUCUUUAGAGAUUGUGGAGUUGAAAUCUCUAAUUGAAAUGGGAACCUUAUGUUUUGGCUUUGGGUAGUAGUUUGUACAUUGAUUAAAUCUAUAUAUAGAUGAUUAAGAAAUGGCCCUGAAAUUUUUUUGUCUAUUGUGUUAAUGCUUCAUAGAAUUUUCUGCAUGAAUAAAUGUAUUUUAAAAUAA